AUUCCUACGCACUUCCGCUUUGUUCUGAAGGCUCGCUCGCGGUAUCCCGCCGAAUGCGUAAACUGUCAAUCAUCCGUGUGUCAAGUGACGUCACGAAGGAUUUGCCACAAUGUCAAACAUCGUCGACCAGUGCGUGCCAAGCAGCACCUGGCUGGCAUCUCCACAGCAGGCUACCUUCGUAUUUUAGAGGUCUUCACGUCUUCGUCAUGCUAUCCAGGUCUAUGUGAGCCAGGUCAGAGGUCAUGCUGCGGGGGGACUCCCACAGCCUCUUUUCCUCAGGAGAGACGUCCGACAAUGACUGUGAGGUGGGGCCAAGUCGCCGGGGUCCAGAUGUGGCGUGCCCCCGCCCGCGUUAUUCAGAAACGCUCACGCCUUCGUCGGAGGCAGUGCCGUGUGAAAGCUGUGAAAGAAACCCAGUUGUGGUAAUGACACGCUACUCAGAGGGAUAUGGAACAGAGGAGGAUUGUGUGCUGUCUGACCCUCAGGGGGAGAGCGACGCAGACGCCGACAUCGAGGACACGGACUGCAGGCUCCAAGAGCCAGGCUCUCUGCAGCGAAUCAGCUCCCGGCGACGCAAACGACAGCGCGUGGCGCGGCAGGACACCACCGAAAGCGAAGACGACGGCGGGCGGAGUCAUGAAUCGCAUCGCUGGACUCUGCGGCUCAGUCCGGAUAAGUCACAGAGCCGCACCAUCCUAGAGGAGAGCAUCUCGCAGGUGAGGCCGCUUGUCAUCAAGCAGGACAAGCAAGCAGAACCGGCUAAUACAGGUCAAGAACCUCUGGUGCCUGCCUGGGUGCCCCCCCUCUCCUCUCCGCUCGUACUCCUUGUCUUGCUGGUCCUAGCCGCCGGCAUCGCCUCCGUCGUGCUGACAUGGGUCAGAACCUGAAGGGCGGAGUCAAGAGUCCACAUCAAGCACAAACACGUUUGUCCUUCCUGUCGUAGUUCCGUUUAUUGUCACCUUUCAAUCUUGAAGCCAUUCAAAAGUCAAGCCCAAUAUGGACCCUUCUCGAAGUCAUUCAGGUCAAAAUCACGUCAUCGCUCUGUCAUGGCCUCCUUCUCCUAAAUAGACUCGCACAGGAAGUCGGCGUGACACAACAAUGAUGACUAUGCAACUCCACUCUUCCGACUGUGCGAGAUUGGCCACUGAAGAACGUCCCUCCCAUGUCCUUUUCGCACCCACUCUACCCUCUUCAAGGACAGUGACCUAAGUGACCCGGUUUUAAAAAGCAAUAGCAAGAGAGAUCCCAUUCUUAUGUGACUAUCGUAGUAUUUUAUGUGCAGUACCUUCCGAUUUUAAUCAAGUCAGCUGGACAAUCAGUCAGUCGAUUAAAGCUAAACACUGUGUGAAAAUUGUUUUGUUGAGUGUUUUAAGGGUCCACAGGGCUUCAAUAAAAUCAACAUUUUCGACUGUAA